AUGACGCCAACACAGUUCGACAUCUUUGUCAAGCGGCUCAUUGCGCUGAAGACCCCGAAGGUCGUGGUUCUACUGGUGCUCCUGACUUGGUGGCUAGAUCUACCCGGAAGAGAUGGUCCACCGUAUCAAGUGUUGGAAUACUUUGCCGGUGUGGGCCGCGUUGCUGCCAUGGCCAAAUUUGCUGGGUUUAAAGCUGCGGCCAUUGACAUUGAGUAUGGGAAGUCUUUGGGGAAAGAACGGGGAUCCAGGUGCCACAGGGAUCUAUUUGUGACCUUUUUGGUGCUAUGGAAUGGUGCGCUGAAUCAACUCUCUGGGAUGAAGAGGCCGAUUUACGAGAGGAAACGCUAUUUUGUUUCCGUGGGCGGUGUCAUAGAGCGCAUGGAUCUUCCCUCCCGUGUGUUCUCAACAGGGACUUUGAUGGCGGGAGUUGACUUGGUCAAUGAGGAAACAGGUAUGGAUACCUUAAACGACAAGAGCGAUGAAGACUUGCAGAGGGAACUGGCCGAGUUGGAGACAUUGUUGCAGGACAAGCCACGCAACGCAGCUAUGGCUGUGCCUGUGGCAAUGGAGCUCACUUCGGUCUCGAGCCCCUUCCAAGACAUUGAGGCCAUGGAGCAGGCUGCAAGUGGGGAAGCUCCGGUCACUCCAAACGAGAUGAAGAAGUUGCGGCGUAUGAUGACACCGCGUGCUGAUGGUAGCCUUCUAGUCCCCAAAGAGAUUCUUGAGCAAUGGAAUGAUCUAGCUGAUGGGGGUCGCGAUUCCAUUCUGAAGCUUUGGAAAAAAAGUAAUGGGGACAAGGACUCUUAA